AUGUUGACAUGCACGCUAUGGGUGCAUUAUCCACGAAUAACAGAGCGAGUGGGGCUGGACAGGCAAAGUUUAACCGGACGAGUACUGCUGGCAGUACUGGAGCACGACAGGAAUAUUGCUGCGGUGCAGGAAUUUACUAUUGCUGAGAUGCAGGAUGCUGUUGCAGUCGAUAUUUGCAUACAGUUCUCUGGGAACAGAACUGUUUCGCAGUCAAUAAGCAGCUGUAAUGAGCUUAGAAAUAAGCUGCUCCGACUCGAUUGUGUUCGAAUUGCUGUCGUUCGUUUUUGUUGA